GGGAAAACAGGUAGUAAAUAAAAUCUUGAAAAUGUGCCCCCGCUGCUGCUUCUCCUCUGCCUUUUAGAACAAGACAGUCACAUUUUCCUAUUUACUUUGCCGCCAGCGACUCCUCUUCUCUGUGCUCUCCAUAGUCCCCGAAGAACCAUAAAGGGAACCCCCUGGAACUAAUCCGGCUAUGCUAUGAAGUGGCUUUGUCCGUUCUAUGUUUUUAGGCUUGUUUUCACCAAAAAGACAAUGUCUUUUUAUCAGAGGCUUUCAUUUGGCUAAACAGUUUGCCAACCCAAGUGCUGAAGAUAUUAUUUUUAAGGCAAUUUGUGUGAACUUAAGGCAAAAGAAAUGGAAUUUACUGGACAAAAUGUUGCCAAGCCUAACAAGUUCUGUUGUUUCUCGUGUCUUCCACGAGUUUCAAAGAUCCCCACCAGUAGUUUUAGAGUUCUACAACAGGAUUGGAGGGUACAAAUUUAUAUUGGAUUCUUCAAGUUGUUGUGGUAUAGUCAUUCAUGUCAUGGUGAAUUGCAGAAAGUAUGAUGAUGCACUGUUUUUGAUGAAAGAAUUGAUGAUGGCUAGGGGAUGCUCGCCCUUAACUGUUCUGGAGAUAUUGCUUAACAGCUAUGACUCGGUUUUUUCAAGUAGUGCAGUUUUUGAAGCACUUGUGGGGGUGUGUACUCAAAUUGGCUCAACCAAGGGUGCUUAUGAGGUCAUCAAUAAAUUGAGAGUGGAGGGCUUUUGGCUUUCUAUUCAUGCAUGGAAUAACUUUUUAAGUCAUCUGCUGAAAUUAGAUAAGGUAGCUCAGUUUUGGAUGGUAUACAAGGAAAUCAUUUCAUAUGGGUAUUAUGAGAAUGUGAAUACUUUUAACUUGAUUAUAUAUGCUUUUUGCAAGGAAAGUAAAUUCUUUGAAGCCAUCUCAGUUUUCUAUAAGAUGUUGAAAAAUGGGAUUAUGCCAACUGAUGUUGCUCUCAACAUGCUUAUUGAUGGUGCUUGUGGUAUGGGUGACCUCAAUGUGGCAUUGAAACUUGUCAGAAAGAUAGGAACCAUGUCAAAGGGUUGUGUGACCCCUGAUUCAGUUACUUAUAAUACUCUCAUCAAUGGAUUUUGUAAGUUGGGGAGUGUGGCAAGAGCAGAGGACUUUCUUGAUGAAAUGCUCAAGAUGGGUAUCAAGCCCAAUGUAAGAACUUAUGCAACACUGGUUAAUGGAUAUUGUAGAAAUGGCUGUUUGGAGGAGGCAUUCAGGUUGUGCAAUGUUAUGGUUGAAAAGGGUUUGAUGCCUAAUGCAGUUGUUUAUAAUUCAGUUAUUCAUUGGCUGUACAUGGAAGGGGAUGUGAAUGGAGCUUCAAUAUUAUUGUGUGACAUGAUCAAGAGGAAUAUAUGCCCAGACAAAUUUACCUAUUCCAUUCUUGCAAAUGGACUCUGUAUGAAUGGCCAUAUGAGUGAAGCUGUUAAGUAUUAUAAGUGGAUAUUAGAAAUGAAGCUUGUUGAAGAUGUUUGUCCUGCCAAUAUACUUAUCAAUUAUCUUUGCAGAACUAAAAAUGUAUCAGGGGCUAAGCAACUUUUGUGCAAUAUGUUUGUCCGUGGACUAAUUCCAGACCUGGUCACUUAUGGUUCAUUGAUUGAUUGGUAUUGCAAGGAAGGAAACAUGGAAAAUGCCUUGAGAAUUUAUGAUGAUAUGGUAAAGGUGGAGAAAAAUCCCAAUUUGGUGAUCUAUAAUUCUAUAUUAGAUGGUUUUUGCAAAGACCAAUCUGUAAAUGCAGGGAAACUAUUGCUAGAUGCACUAAAACAAGCAGAUUAUUUUGAUAUUGUAACAUUUAACACUUUGUUGAAUGGAUAUUGCAUUAGCGGCAAUAUGGAUAAUGCAUUUCAGUUACUUGUGGGUAUGAAGAAGGUUGGAAUUUCUUUCAACAGAGUCACUUACAAUAUAUUGAUCAACUUCUUGUGUAAGUUUGGGUUGAUUGAGCAGGCAAAGGAACUUGUGGAUAUGAUGCUUGCUCAGGGCAUAAAUCCUGAUUCUGUUAUAUAUACGACUCUUAUUAUGAGCGGGAUCAAGCACUGUGAAGCUGAGGAAGUUGUUGAAUUACAUGACUACAUGGUGCUUAAAGGAGUAAUUCCUGAUAGUCACGCAAACCAAGCCAUUGUUCGUCCACUCACAGCAGGGGUAUAUUCAGAUUCCACUUGACUUUUUACUGGACAUAAUGUUGUAUAUGCAUCUCAUGAAGUUGAAAAAGCAUAUUCCUUUUUUCUCAUUUUGGUAGAACAUGCAUUGUGUACUAGACUUCUUUAAGCCAUGACUUAGAGGCAUGCUGUAUCUGUGUCUUAAAUGGCUGGGAAUAUUGCAUAUUCUGUUCCUACCUAUGCUACAGAAUUUCUCAUGUACUAAAUGUUUUUGGCUGGGCACACCUGAAGGUUAAAGGUUCUUUUCGACUUGCUUAAAUUAGCUUUCUGAUUGAGGUGAGUUUCGGGAUCCUUUUCUCCGUUAUGUUUCCACUUGAAUUUUAAGUGUUUAACAUGUAGAAAGUAUAAUCUCUUUAUCCUCAGAAACGGUCUUUUUGUGGGUGGGUGGGAAGAGAAACAUUUUUGCCUGCUGAAAUUAGGAACUUGCAGGUGCUGAAAUUAGGAUGCAAAUUGAAGAGGUACAAACUGCUGAAUGAACUGAAUGUUGUUACCUCACAAUUGGUGGGAUGGAUGGUGCUUAUAUAUUGUAUCAAUCAAAGUGAAACCCAAUUUCUAUUCGAAACCGAUAAAGAAAAAAGGGAAGAAAGAAAGCAACAAUAAGUUAAAAGCCGAGUUUGCUGAAGCAGACGCUUCUUGAAGAAUCACACACGCAUUGCCGCAUAUUCCUGCAGUACGAAACGGUGGACCCAAUCACUAGAGGACAUCUGCCUCACAAACCAUGCAAUCCAGAAUCUAAUCAAAAUUUUAAUCGAGUUUAAGGUGCCAAAUCCCACUACGAAAACAAAAUUUAGCUCCCAACCGUAAUCUCCAACGGUCAAAAUCCUUAUCCCAAAGCCUCAUCCAAUUAAGCACCUCUCAUUUCCCUCCUGCCCUCGACACCAAGAGAAAUCUACCUCAAGAAACCAACAACAGCGACAACAACAACAACAACAACAACGCAAUAGAGAUAAGACAUCAUUGCACAGAAACUCUUAAAACAAACCAACCCCACACCUCAUAUCUUCUUCUCUUCCCCUCCCUCUGAUCCUCCUCUUCUCCUCCAUUGCCACCGGUUUUUGUAGAGCUCCAAAGAGGGGCUGAAGCCUGAAACCAUGUCUUGCUCAAAUUUAACCAUGUGGGUUUCCUCAAAAACUUCUCUUUCUGAUUCAACUGCGCUUUCUUUUCGCUCUUCAAUCACCCCUGUUCAGCUCCCUAGCAACAACUCAACCACUGCCAACCCCUCAAGGCCAUCAUCAGUAACUCCAAUUCAUUGUGGACUUCGCGAGCUUCGUGAUCGUAUUGUUACUGUGAAGAACACACAGAAAAUCACGGAGGCCAUGAAGCUUGUGGCUGCUGCUAAAGUGAGAAGAGCUCAAGAAGCUGUGGUCAAUGCCAGGCCAUUUUCAGAAUCUCUAGUCGAAGUUCUUUACAACAUUAAUGAGCAGCUCCAAACUGACGACAUUGAUGUUCCUCUCACCAAAGUUAGGCCUGUUAAGAAGGUUGGUCUUGUAGUCGUUACCGGUGAUCGUGGACUUUGUGGCGGUUUUAACAAUGCAAUUAUUAAAAAGGCGGAGGCUAGGAUAGCAGAAUUGAAGGGACUUGGCCUUGAUUACACUAUAAUCAGUGUGGGGAAAAAGGGUAACUCAUAUUUUAUCCGCAGGCCUUAUAUUCCGGUAGACAGAUUUCUUGAUGGUACUUCUCUUCCCACUGCUAAAGAAGCUCAAGCAAUUGCAGAUGAUGUCUUCUCGCUUUUCAUAAGUGAAGAGGUGGAUAAGGUAGAGCUUUUGUACACUAAGUUCGUUUCAUUAGUGAAGGCCGAACCAGUGAUUCACACUCUGCUUCCGUUGUCUCCAAAAGGAGAGAUCUGUGACAUAAAUGGGAACUGUGUUGAUGCAGCCGAGGAUGAGUUCUUCAGAUUGACAACCAAGGAAGGCAAAUUGACAGUGGAAAGAGACAUUAUGAGGACUAAAACAACAGAGUUUUCGGCGAUCUUGCAAUUUGAGCAGGACCCUGUUCAGAUCCUUGAUGCCUUACUCCCUCUUUACUUAAAUAGUCAAAUUUUGAGGUCAUUGCAGGAGUCACUGGCUAGUGAGCUUGCUGCUAGGAUGACUGCAAUGAGCAAUGCGACUGACAAUGCUAAUGAAUUGAAGAAAUCCCUGUCUAUAGUCUACAACAGAGAGCGUCAGGCCAAGAUUACAGGAGAGAUAUUGGAAAUUGUUGCUGGAGCCAAUGCUUUGACUUAAGCAUUCUAAUUGUCUCCCAUGAUUGUGCUUCACUAUAGGUAUUUUUGUUGAAAAUUCCAUUUUCAUCAAACUAUGCUUAUUUAAGAACUGUAAAGUAGAGUAGACAGUUUCGUGUUGUAACUUCCAACCACAUACAAACUUCAUGCAAUAUGAGAACCACAAUGUAUUUUGGAGACAUGAGAGUGUUUCUGCAUCUUUGAAACUUUUAUUUUUGAGUCA